UCACCUGGCAGCGCUGAUGCUGCUAUGUUUAUGAUAUCGCAGCGAAUCUUGAUUGUUUUGUUUAUAAAAAGUAAUCAUGUUUAAAACAAUUAUGAUUGUUGGUGGUAUAGGUAUAAUCAUUCACCAUUUGAUUACAUUAGCAUUUAUCAUGGGCUAUCAUAAAAGUAUUUAUAAUCACAGACCAGGUCCCUGUAGGGUGGUUCCUGGUAUUGUAAAUGGUUCUGAAGAUAUUGUUGUUCUACCAAAUGGAAUUGCUCUCAUUAGUUCAGGAAUGGAUCAUUUUCAUAUUAUGCCAGAUACGGAUCCAAGCAUGCAUGGGUUCAAGGGAAGAAUAUACUUAUUUGAUUUCAACCAACCAGAAAAGGCUGCCCAAGUUGUGCCCCUCAAGGGUGACUUUGAUAAAAACAACUUUAGACCUCAUGGUAUAGAUAUUUGGGAAGAUAAAGAAACUGGACUUGUAAGGUUGUUUGUUGUCAAUCAUGGCAAGGUGGAUACCAUUGAAGCUUUUGAAUUCGACCAAGACCAGCUCAUACUAAAACAUCGCAGAACAUUUAAGCAUAAAUUAAUGAUAUCUGUCAAUGACGUCUUAGCUACUGGCAGGAAUAGCUUUUAUUUCACAAAUGAUGCUAUGAACCGUGGUGGAGUGAGGAGGAUGUUGGAGUCAUUGCUACUCUGUGCCUGGAGCACUGUGGUUUAUUACGAUGGCAGAGACGCAAAGGUUGUCCUAGAUAAAGGUCAUAUGUACAAUGGUAUCAAUAUGUCCCCAAAUAAAAAAUUUGUAUAUGUAAAUCAGCUUACUUCAAAUACGAUGUCAAUCUACAAAAGAGAAGCAAGCAACUCUUUGACAUUUAUACAGUCUAUGAAUCUUCAAAGCAGAUGUGAUAAUAUAUUUGUGGAUGAAGGUGGGGAUAUUUGGCAUGGGUGUCAUCCUAUAGGACACAAGUUUCAUUCCCAUGCAAAGAAGUUUACCUACCCUGCUCCAGCCCAGGUGCUACAUGUUAAAGCUGUUAGUGGAGGAAACACCAAAAAAUAUCAAAUCCGUGAAGUGCUAAGCGACGAUGGAAGUUUGGUAAAAGGAUCGUCUGUGGCAGCAUAUUUCCAAGGUGCAAUGUUGGUUGGCACUGUAAUGGACAACAUGGCGUACUGCCAAAUAAAAUCAUUCUGAUUGGUUCUUUCCAAUAGGAGGCUUGCCAUUGCAAAACCAGCAUUUGAGUAUAGAAUGCUUAUUACAGAGAAGCCGUAUUUUUACUUAUAACAAAUAGAUGACCUAUCAAUUUAAAAUUUAAGGAAUGGACAAUAUGAAUCCAAUUCAAUUUUCUUAUUUUGAUUGCUGAUGCUGAUGCUGUUUUUGGCAUGGCAAGACCCAUAUACUGUGUGUAAUUUUUCUACUCCACAAAAAAUGUGCAAUUUUGAUGUUAAUAUUAUGUGAUUUUUAAAAGUAAAUAUUGAUUAAAUAAUAA